AUGGAACAGGUGAGGACGGGGGAUGUAAGGAACAGGUCAGCAGUCCAGGAGUUCAUCUUGGAGGGGUUUCCUGCUGUCCGGCACCUGGGCAGUGUCUUUUUCCUGGUGCACCUGCUGGCGUACCUGGCCUCCAUCAUGGGUAACACGCUCAUCAUCACCGUUACCUGGGCUGACCGACGCCUGCAGAUACCUAUGUACUCUUUCCUCAGCAGUUUCUCCUUCUGUGAAUGCUGUUUUAUUACCACAGUUAUUCCUAAAUUGCUGACCAUCUUUCUGUCAGGGAGGCAAACGAUUUCCUUUGCUGCCUGCUUCACACAAGCCUUUGUCUUCCUUUUCCUGGGGGCAGCUGUUUUCUUCCUAAUGGCUGUAUUAUCCCUGGAUCGCUACCUGGCCAUUUGCAAACCUCUGCAUUAUCCGACCAUCAUGAACCCCAGGAUGUGUUUCCUCCUGGUCACUGCCUGCUUAGCUUUGGGAUUCCUCCUCAUGGUAGUUCCAGUCAUAAUGCUUUCCCAGUCAUCCUUCUGUGGCCCCAAUGUCAUCCCUCAUUUCUUCUGUGAUUUUGGGCCCUUGACUAAUCUCUCCUGCUCUGACACCACAUCUGUUGAAAGGUUGUUCUUUGGCCUGGCUUUCUUUGUCCUCUUUACAUCCCUCAUAAUAACCAUCAUUGCAUACAGCAACAUAGUAGUCACAGUCGUGCAUCUCCCGUCAGCCAAGGAGCGACAGAAAGCUUUCUCCACCUGCUCGUCACACCUCAUUGUCCUCUCUCUGAUGUAUGGCAGCUGCGUCUUCAUAUAUGUGAAACCAAAGCAAACGAACGGGCUGAACUCUAACAGAGAGGCUGCCCUUGUGAACACAGUGGUGACCCCGCUGUUGAACCCUGUCAUCUACACUCUGCGGAACAAGCAAGUCCACCAGGCUCUGAGGGAUGCUCUGUCCAAGGUGAAACUUCAGAAAUAG